CUAGCCAAGAUUACAGAGACAAAUGUGUGAUGGGGAUAGGGAUGGCGUCGUGAUCGUGAUUUAAUACAUAAAGCAUUGGGCAGCGAGGACAGGGGGAGACAUAUGCAGAGCAAUUGUAAUUUGUGAACAGGGGGUACAAGUCUGCAAAACAAGAUUGGAGUAGAGGGCAUCUUCAUAAAUACGUUACUUCAAAAGCAUUUCCGGCGCUCCCGUUCAGUAAAAAAUUCUGGAGAAUUAUCCUCAAAUUUUACUAUUGAUUUAAUUUUGAUCCUUAAACUGUAGUUUUUUUUUUUCCCGAAUUUGAUUCUUUUAGUAAUUGCACUUGUUCCUCUUGCCCAACUUUACAGACAACUAAUGGAAAUGAUCAAAUUCAAAAAAAAUAUUGACAGUUUGAGAAUCAAAAUUAUCAUAAUCAAAUUAGCGGAUAAGUUCGAGGAUGGAAAGUGUAAUUCGUCCUAAACAUCCUCCGCUCAAUAUUAUUUAUUUCAAAACCCCAAAAACCCCUCCGUUUCUUUAGGCGGGCCGGAAACCCCAUUCCAGAAUAAAAUUCAUUUGCCUUUGAUGCCAUUGCUGCUGGGUUGAGUAGGGUGAUGGCGGGUGAUGAACAGGCGCCGGCGGCCAACAACCUCAUUGGCGCCGCCACCGGAGUGGAGCCCCAGUAUAAGAUCGCCAAGACCUCCGUUUGGUGGGACAUAGAGAACUGCCAGGUGCCUAAAGCUUGCGACCCCCAUGUGAUUGCCCAGAACAUAAGCUCUGCCCUUGUCAAAAUGAAUUAUUGUGGACCUGUCACCAUCUCGGCGUAUGGCGAUACCACCCGCAUUCCCACCUCCAUCCAACACGCCCUCUCCAGCACCGGCAUCGCUCUCAACCACGUCCCCGCCGGGGUAAAAGAUGCAAGUGACAAGAAAAUAUUAGUUGACAUGCUAUUCUGGGCAGUCGACAAUCCUGCCCCAGCAAAUUAUUUGCUUAUCUCCGGUGACAGGGAUUUUUCAAAUGCUCUCCAUCAAUUACGCAUGCGAAGAUAUAAUAUCCUUCUGGCACAGCCCACUAAAGCAUCUGUUGCUCUUGUUGCUGCAGCUAAGUGUGUAUGGUACUGGACAAGCCUUGUCUAUGGGGGUUCGCCUUUCACUAGUAUUGAACAUUCAGAUGGUAUUAAUGCUUCUCAACAAGAAAUGAAGCAGACUUCUGUCUGUCAAAACAUUCUUUCAAAUGAACCUGCUUCUACCAAUGCUGUUAUUCUUGCUUCAGAAGGCCAGAAGUUCCCUGGUCCUGGAAGGAUUGCUGAUAGCUACCUUAAACUACCAUCCUUUUCAAAAGCUGCCAAUCGCGCUAACAUAACAAGGAUGACAAGUUUGCCCAUUAAACUUGAAGAAAGGAAAGACAUGCAGUUUUCUCGUCAACCAGAAAGUAUACCAGCAAAACAGUUUAUAACAGCACCUCACGAGUUCUUCGGUGCAGCCACAAAAGCCAUCGCAUCGAGUAGGUCUGCUCCAAAUCUAAUUCCCACCAUUAUCAAUACCUCAUUUAGCAACUCAACUAACCUUAAUGACAAUUUGCACAAUCAGUUCAUACAGCCUCGACCUCCUUAUGCUCCAGAAAAUUUGGUUCCCUACAAUUCUCAAAAUAAUAGUUUUCAUCCAGCUCCUGCAAGAUCAGAUGGACCUACAGUUUCUGCAGCAUUGUCUGCUGCACUCCCAGAUGUUAGCAAGCUUAGCAUGUCUAAUUACCCUGGUUUCUACCAGAAUGACCCAGUUUUAAUUCGUCAAAGUGGAGAAGAUUCUAGGUCUAAGUCCAUUGUAUCUCUGAAACCUAUUAGUUCUUUCUUAGAUGAUAAUGGCAGCGAUAAGUGCGAUAGCCAGAUGAUUUUCUCUGAGAAUGUGGAUGGUAAGUAUCUUCAUUCUAAACUUCCUAUUUCCUCAUCUUCUUCUGUGCCUGGUGUGUGGGGAAGUCAAGGAUGCCAACCGCCGCCUGAAUAUGUACAAGGCCUUAUAGGUGUUAUCUUACUAGCUUUGAAUACUCUGAAAGUUGAGAAGAUUGCACCUUCAGAAGCUAAUAUAACCGACUGUAUUCGCUAUGGUGAUCCAAAAUACCGCUACACUGAUGUAAGAAAGGCUUUAAAAUGUGCACUUGACCAACAAAUGAUAGUCAAGCAACAUUUAGGUAAGAUGGAGCUUUAUGUUGGUAGGAUUGAGAGGUUAUGGAUAUGUGAGAAUCCUAUCGGUGGUAAUACUGAACAGUACCCAAAAACAACCUGGGCUGCAAUUCAGAAGUUCCUAACUUCCCCAGGUGGGCGUUCGGCAUUUAUAGCAUCUGAAUGCAGGUAUGAAGCAGCCUUGAUUCUUAGAAAUUCAUGCUUAAAAACAACCCCCUUGGGUGAGGUAUUUCGGAUCUUGAAUAUGAUAAUUUCCAUGAAGAAAUGGAUCAAGCAUACACAAGGGGGAUGGCAACCUAUUGCUAUAACUCUUUUAGAAACUAAACAAGAUACUGGUGGUGGUUCUUGAUAUGGAGCAUCUGGUAAUGUAAUGCCCAAAAUUG